AUGGUGCUGCAGAGAUCCUCGGAGGCCAUGCUCUGCAAGGCUUUUCUUGCAACUCUUCGAGGAAUGGAUCGACUUUGGUUCUCUGGUCUAAAGCCGAGAACCGUGUCAUCCUUCGAGCAAUUAGGUAGGCAGUUUGCUGCCAAUUUUGCCGCCAGCCGACGCCAGCGACGAACAUCGAAUUCUCUUCUCAACAUCAAGCAAAAAGAAGGAGAGUCCCUCAAGGACUACAUCGACCGUUUCACUGCCGCAACCUGGGAGGUCCGUGAGCUUGAUCAGUUGAUCGCCAUGUCUGCGCUGAAAACAGGAGCUCGGUCCUGCAGGUUCCUCUUCUUCCUCGAGAAGAAUUUCUCCACCGACUUUAUGGAGAUGCUAGCCCGAGCUCGGAAGUAUGCAAAGGCCGAGGAGGCCAUGGCUUCUCGAUGA